AAAAUUUUGUAAAGUGCACAAAAUGAGUGCUCCCGUUGCCCCUUCGGGCAUUCAGAGUACUGCGGGUGCUGUUCCCGUGCGCAAUGAGAAAGGCGAGAUUUCCAUGCAGAAAGUUAAAGUCCAGCGAUAUAUAUCUGGCAAGCGUCCUGAAUAUGCCCGCGUUGACUCCAGCACGGACGAGAGCGAUGAGGAUGACUUCAUUGACACACGGAAGCGCAUGGAGCGCCACAAGGCUGAACGCCACAAGAUGGAGCUGGCCCGAAGAGGCAGCGCCGACGGAAAGCCUGCCGAGGACGGCGAUGAGGCCGAGGUGGAUGAUCCACGUCUGCGACGCCUGCGUGCACGCCCUGUGGAUAUGGAGGACAUGGAACGAGAACGAAGGGAACGCCACAGACACAUCCACGAGCCCGAGAUGGUGGAGAGUGACAGUGAAGAUGAAGAAGAGGACGCAGAGGAGCAGAAGAACCUCGAGCGGGGAACCAACAAGAUUACACUUGCCUCCGAAUCCGACACAGAUGCGGAGCUCAGUGACACGGAAAUGGAGAAUCGGCGUACAAAGCUGAGAGCGAGAAUGCUGCAGCAACAGCGCGAGGAGGAGGUGCUCCAAAAAGAGGAUGAAAAGCAAUCGGAAUCUUCAGAAACAGAGAGCUCUGAAUACGAAGAAGAAAGCGAAAGCGAGGAGGACAACGAGCCACGUCUUAAGCCCCUGUUUGUAAGGAAAAAAGAUCGGGCGACCAUUCAGGAAAAGGAGCGCGAAGCUCAGAAACAAAAACAAAUAGAGGCGGAGGCCAAAAGAGCGGCCAAGGAGCGGAGGCGAGCCACCCUGCGAAUGGUGGAGGACAGCGUUAAGAAAGACCUGGAGAAGACCAAGCCGGAGUCGAAUGAAGCCUGCCUAGAAGAUGUGUGCACGGACGACGACAACGACGAAGUGGAGUACGAGGCUUGGAAGCUUCGCGAGCUCAAGCGAAUGAAGCGGGACCGCGAAGAACGCGACAACACCGAACGAGAGAAACUGGAAAUCGACCGGGUCCGUGGUCUCAACGAAGAGGAACGACGCCAGGAGCUCCGGCAGAAUCCCAAAAUGGUCACCAACAAGGCCACCAAAGGAAAAUACAAAUUCCUGCAGAAAUACUAUCAUCGCGGUGCUUUCUACCUGGACGAGGAGAACGAUGUGCUGAAACGAGACUUUGCCCAGGCAACGCUUGAGGAUCACUUCGACAAGACCAUCCUGCCCAAGGUGAUGCAGGUGAAAAACUUCGGUCGCUGCGGCCGCACCAAGUACACUCAUUUAGUGGAUCAGGAUACAACAAAGUUCGAUUGUCCCUGGUAUGCGGAGACCUCGAACAACAUCAAGUUCCACAAUGAACACGCGGGAGGCAUGCGGCAGCAGUUUGACAAGCCCACAGGAUCCAAGCGAAAGAAAUUGGAGUAGAUAAUA